GAAUGGAGUGGCGGAUCUCCAUUGUGUGGACUUUCAUUCGGCACCGCUCGUCUGCCCCGUGACGUAGACGCUAUUCCACAGCAACACACCGAGAAGCGGGGAGGACACACACACGGCUCUCUACAACGCUCCGGGAAGACAUGUGCGCUCCAUGGCGCGGGAUAUUUCCGUUCGUUUGGUAUUGCCGAGGAUAUGGAUGGAUAGUUGGAGAGGAUCCGCAGUAGGGACUGAAUCAUCGCCAUCUCGUCUCGUCUUUGAAUGUGUGUGUUUACAGAAACCGCUCAGGAGAACGUGACUCAAUAGACAGCUCUGCACCAGCCAGGAACAGCAGAGCAGCAGCAGCAGCAGCAGACAAGCGGAGGUGCAGGGGAUUUGACUGGCAGAUAGUGCAGCAGCAGCGAGUUGGAGGGGGGGGUGUGGGAGGGAGGGGGGGGGAGAGAGCGAGACGGGCACUGGGCUGGUGGGCUGGAGGCGCUGGGCUGACGCUGGUUUAAUGCUGCCGGGCCAGGGAGCGACCGCCUCAGUGCCGGCAGUGGCGUCGUCGUCAACAGACACCUGAGAGGGGAGGCGAUGGCGUCCACGGGCAUGCAGAUCUUCGGCUUCGUCCUGGCGCUGCUGGGCAUCAUGGGCGCUAUGGUGGCCACCGUGCUGCCCAACUGGAAGGUGAGCGCCGACGUGGGCUCCAACAUCAUCACGGCCAUCUCCCAGAUGCAGGGCCUGUGGAUGGACUGCACCUGGUACAGCACCGGCAUGUUCAGCUGCACGCUCAAGUACUCGGUGCUGUCGCUGCCCGCCUACCUGCAGACGGCGCGCACCACCAUGGUGCUCUGCUGCGUCAUGGCCGCCAUGGGCCUCUGCCUGGCGUCCCUGGGGCUCAAGUGCACCCGCUGGGGGGGCGGGCGGCGCUCCAAGAGGCACGCCGCCAUCGCCAGCGGCGGCUGCUUCGUGGCCGCCGGCUUCCUGUGCCUGGUGCCGGCGUCCUGGUUCACCAACGAGGUCAUCACCAACUUCCUGGACUCCAACGUGCCGGAGAGCAACAAGUUUGAGCCCGGGGGCGCCGUGUACGUGGCCUUCGUGUCGGCGGGCUUCCUGCUGGUGGGGGGCUCCGUGUUCUGCCUGUCCUGCUCGGGGAAGAGGCACGGGCUGCAGGACAUGGUGCUGCUGCCGCCGCCCGACAAGCUGCUGCUCCAUCAGCAGCUGCUCCAGCAGCAGCACCAGCAGGAGCUCCAGCACCAGUACUGCUCCCUCUCCCCCCUGGACAACAAGACGGGCUACAGCCUGCAGGACUAUGUGUGAGAGCGCCACACGCAGACACACACACACACACACACACACGGAGCGGGUGGCCACGGCAAAUGGGAGGAGAGGGUUCAAGAGAGACAACGGAUGAUACGGAUCAGACCUGGCUUUAUUCCAAACAGAGGUAGAGAAGAGGGGGAAGGGGGGAAGGAAGGCUCAUCGGCUUUGCAUCCCUCCAGCCCUCUUUCUGUAUCGCCCCAAUCCUUUUUUUCUUGUUCUGCAAAGCACAAAUUGCCCGUGGAGGAAUUCCCCGAGCAAGUGUGGCGUUAACAGACAGAUGGGGGAAAACGUGCGAGACGCGAAGGAUAGCGUUGCAUUGCAGACUCGGAGAGAAGCUUACAAAAAACACACCCGGGCUUCAUUUGGAAAACCCCGGGAGAGGAGCGGGUUCCCCAGGGAUUUGGAUUAAGCAGAUAAGGAAGUGGUCUGUGUCGAUUUUUGUAACUUUUUUUUUUUUUUUUUUUAACCUUGGCCAAAAGGUUUGAAUAAAUAGGAAAAGCAAUCAUUUAGCUGCUAGUCACAAUCGUUUGGUAGCCUCCCAUUCGGCAAAUUGCAAUACCAUGCCUCCUAGGAGGCAGCAUUAGGGGGGGAAACCCUUUCAUAGCAAGCCAUCGUAGUUUCUCCUCAUAUGCCCUUCCACUAGAAUGCAAUGUGGAGAAGAUUGAUAUUAAUAAAUGGUCAUAUUUUUGUUAGCUAAUAAUAGAAUGAUGUUGAUAUUUUGCCUCUAAAAGCAUGCCGUGUGGAGCCUGUCGGUGUAUUAAUGCAGCGGAAUGCCUGGUCGAAGAGACAUAGCCACACAAUGCCUGUGCCUGUAAAAGCUGUAGAAACAUUUCGCCUGCAAACCGCGUUCAAAAGGGAGGCGCAGACAGAGGUUGCUGGGCUGAGCUGGAGGGGAGACUGAUGUAGACAAACGGCUGGCCAGUCCCCCACCCCACCCAGCAGGUAGAAAUAUAUGAGGGAGGGAGGAAAUUGACAGUCACCUAAAUCCUCCAGCAGACUGGACUCUGCCAUGUUGCCUUCCAUUUGCAAUUCAUCCGAUGAUUCAUCCAUCCAACAUCCCUGUUCAGCACUAACGAAAUAGCCCCAGCAAUCAGAACUGGUAGACAAACUAGCAUGUUCAUGUUCACACCCACGAACAAUGUGCAGCCAGUAGACACACACAAAAUUGCACACUUAAGUGGGCACCCACAUAAAAACCCCAACCAGGGUUGUUUCCGCCCCCAUCUCCCCCCCCCCCCCCCCCCACCU